AGCCACGUUUUUGCUUGGUAUUUGACUUGACAGAUGGCAGGCGAGAGACGCUCCUCUCGGCUGUCUCUCUCGGUCCGUUGGUCCAUCCCGGUUCCCAUUGUCUCCCCCUUUUCACUCCUUGAAGACAACCCCCAGACAGCACACUAAACUUACCCGUUAUUUCCGCUCGUAUCACCUUUUUGUACGUUACGUUUGGAGACUUACCUCCACCUGAAAUUUCACCCCGUCCCCGUUCAUGCGAAACGUGGGCAUGCUUUUCUGUUUGCUUUUUUUGUUUUAACGCUGUACAGAUUUUAUUCGCUGUAACGGAGGAGGCGGUGAAUUAACCACCCAACGACUGGCGAAGAUCACAAACCGGCGGUUGUGUUGUGGAGCUGAUGGGGAGAUGAACCGGAGGAGGAGGACGACUUAUUAGCCAGCAGAGACACCGAAAUCAGCUUCCAGUGGCUGUUGACAUAUCACAACAUCAUAGCAACAAUUUUUACUCACCGUCUUCAGAGUGGAUAAAACACCAAAUUCAGAGGGGGGGAAAAAGGAAAGAUUUUGGAUCACAAGCGCUGGUGAUAAAAACGCUGUGUUUUGUUUUGUGGUGUGAAUGAACGUUAGAGGAUGUUGCCUCUACAUGCCCGUUACUUCCCCUGAGAGGAGAAGAGAGGAGCUCGUCUGUGAGGAGGCAGGAACCGCUUGCACUUGUUUUCUCCACCCUAAAACAAAUUGGCCAAAUCCAAGUAGCGCCUACUCGGGAUUAUUAAACAAAAGAGCAUUUAAUCCGGGAAAUGCAUCCAUGUAAUCUUACUAUAUCUCCCAGCUUUUAUAGUCUUUCUGUGUUGUAUUUACUGGUUAACGUACUCUGAUGAUUCUGUUGUGUUGAUAAGGAUGCGAUCAAUGGACGUGAUUGUCAACCGGACUUUCUAGUCCAGUGGUCAACGACUGGACAAGUGCACCCUGUGCGAACGUAAUUGGAGAGUUUAUUUGUGUCAAGAGACCCACAAGAUCAGAAAUCUGAAGUAAUUCUGUGUGCAGUCAGUCAAAAUGUACCGCGCUACCUGACAUCUCAGACUGCUGAGCUGCAGAGGCUUGGAGAAGGUUUACCUACAGAACCAAGCUCUGUGCAUAAAUCAAGAACAAUUUGUGGACUUGAAUCAUCCCCAAGGCUUACCUUCCAUCUUUGAUCCCUGACCCCCUGUGUGCUGGAAACCCAAGGGAGAACGCAGCCUGGCUGUUUACCUGUCAGCAACUCCUCCAUUUGAAUGAAGUAAUAGCCUUUUAUCCCCCUGAGCUCCGGAGAGAAGCAGGGCUGCACUCUGAUCUGUGAGGCCGAGCAGGGAGCGCCUCUACCUGGGCUGCCAGCCAGCCAGACGGCUCCUCUGGGGGCUUUUUGGAUUUUGAAGGUGCCUGCUGGAGAUUUGGAAGUUUUACCCAGAGUUUCUUCUCCACGUGGAUCACUGCAGUGAGGGAGGGGGACACCAUGGGCUGCUGUAGUGGCAGGUGCACCUUGGCCUUCAUCUGUGGCAUGCAGCUGGUCAGUGUGUUGGAGCGUCAGGUGAUAGACUUCCUGGGCUACCAGUGGGCUCCCAUCCUUACCAACUUCCUGCACAUCAUCGUCGUCAUCCUCGGCCUGUUUGGCACGAUUCAAUUCAGGCCGAGAUAUGUCACUGGGUACGCAGCGUGGCUGGUGGUGUGGAUGACCUGGAAUGUUUUCAUCAUCUGUUUUUACCUGGAGGUCGGAGAUCUGUCCAAAGACUCUGACCUUGUCCUGACAUUCAAUCUGUCCAUGCAUCGCUCCUGGUGGAUGGAGAACGGCCCGGGGUGCAGGGUGACACCCAUCAGCCCUCCUCCCUCUUGGGCACCCGAAGACCACCGAUAUAUAUCUAUAUCUGGCUGUCUGAUGGAUUUUCAGUUCAUAGAGGUGGCUCACUCCUCACUGCAGAUACUCCUGGCUCUGAUGGGGUUUAUCUACGCCUGCUAUGUGGUCAAGCUCAUUUCAGAAGAAGAGGACAGCUUUGAUUUUAUAGGUGGGUUCGACUCAUACGGUUACCAGGGGCCUCAGAAGACCUCCCACCUUCAGCUACAGCCCAUGUACAUGUCAAAGUAAACCCAGAAGCUGCCCCAGAAGUGCUGCCUUACCAGUCACCACUACUUAACAUCUUCAGCUGUCUUUUAACAAACAAGAACAAAGACACGGACAGGACACAGAAGAUCUUCUUCAUUUCGACCUAUAAAUACCCCCAGUACUUAGUCAGAUUGUUUCCCUGGUCUGCCUGUAAGUUGUUUUUAAUGGUGUUAGGUCUGUUCCUGAUGAAACACUGGCCUCGUGUGGUUGAACACCAUAACUACAGGAACACGUGUGCCACACCAGUACAGGCAGCUCCAGUAGCAACUGCAAUUUUUUUUUUCUUGUCUCUGAGGGCUGCAAUCAGGAGCCAAUGACUUGCUUCCUCUUGUGCUGUUGGGUAUCUGCAUUGUGAAAGAAACCAAAGAGGACACGACUCAUUGGUGUAUUACUGACGUGUUUCAUCAGGCUUCCAAGGAGACUUCAUGAGUUCUGCUGUCAGAGAGGUGUUAAUACGGAGCCCUGUUUCUUCAAUCUAGUGUGGAAAUCGGUUGCUGUCUCAAAUGUUGUUGUUUUUAACAUCUCUCAAGUGCAGAUAUGCCUGACCAAAGAGUUUUAGAAAACCCUGUGACACAUCCCCGUAUAUUCAAUAGAGCCAGUUUAACCGUCUCUGGAACUCUUUGUGCCUGACAGAUUAGACGCUGGACUUCCAACCAUCAAGCAUCUACUAGCAAGACUACCGAUGUAGGAAUGUCAGACAUCUUUUUUCUAAGAUUACUUUUUGGUGCACUCAGUUUCUUAUUGCAAACAAUGACAAAGCAAAGAUGGAAGCCAUGGGCUGGACUCAAGAAUGAAUACACACUACACAUUUAAUUCUGUUGUUUCUUCAGAAAAGUUGAAUGUUAAAUAACGGUGUGGUGUGUAGAUUAACAUACUUUCAUUUCAUAACGGCAUGUGUACAGGAGACAGACACAUUCACGUGCACAGGAAUGAAGUAAUGCAUAGGUGAAUUCACGCAGGCAUGCACACACACACACACACACACACACACACACACACACACAGAUGUACUACUGUGUAAAAUUUUUUUAUUACUAAUGUGAAUCCUAAUGUUUACAGUCAAAAUUCAGUCUACCAGGACAGAAAGACUGAACAGCCUGACAGACAGAUGCAACAGGUAGAUGGACAGGCAGACUGACAGACAGAAACCGACAGGAAAUUCAAGAGACCUUUUAAUGCUAAGGCCAUGGGGUGUUUUCUGCCGUAUUAGUACAGAUAGGACAGUUAUUCCAAAUGUGUCUUUUGGUCUCUUUCUGUCUAUAUAUUUUGUCUUCCAUCCAAGACAGACUGGCAGAGGUAGAUAGUGACAGGACAUGACAAAGAAAACAACGACUGAAGAGGGACUGAGGUAGGUCAGCAGUUUCCCUUCCACCUCAGUCGUUUUGUAGCUCUCAGUGCCAAGCUGCUGUUGUCACUUGCUCAUGUCGUUCAGCAGGCAAGUUUUUCCCUUUUUCUGAAUUGUAUAAGAUGCUAUAAGGUCAGUAUAGCUGCCCAAGCAGCGUUGAGUGCAGGAUACAACUCUUCCUUAUAACAAAAAUAGUUCAAUAACAGGCAAAAAUCUUUCAUAGGUGACACUUACACAAAGAGAAAAGACACAUCCUUUACAGAAGUGACAAUCACAGUUAGAGUGGCCUGAAUCUAAUCAUGGAUUGACUUUUUUUUUAAAGCAUAA